GUACGGACGGAGCAACUUACGGCUUACGUCACCCAUGCUCCCGUUUGUCUUGGAAGUGAAAUGACAACAAAUGAACCGUGGGAUGCAUCUAAGACCACACCGUGAGGACCAGAUCAGCGUAAAUUAAGCCAACGCGCCGCGGAACGCUGGUUCGUGGGACUCACGCUGCGUGGACUAUGUACAGCCACAGCUACGUCUGCGUGUUCCUGCUGGGCUUCAACUUGUUCGGACGUCUCCCAAAUGUGUCCCCCUGCAAACAGGAGCCGGAGACUCCGGACUGGAGGAUGACUCUGAAAACCAUUCGAAAUGGAAUACACAAGAUUGACACGUACCUGAACGCAGCACUGGACUUGUUCGGUGGCGAUGACGGACUGUGUCACUAUAGGUGCAGUGAUGGUUAUAAACCAGUGUCUCGUCCCGGGUACAAGCACCCACCACCCAACGGAUGUGGCUCCCCCCUCUUUGGGUUUCAGUUUGACAUAGGCAUCCCAUCUAUGACCAAAUGCUGCAACCAACACGAUCGCUGCUAUGACACCUGUGGCCGCGAGAAGCAUGACUGCGAUGAACAGUUCCAAGAAUGUCUCGAGACCAUCUGCAGAAAUGUGCAAAGAACUCUGGGUUUGGCGCAGUCUGUUCAAGCCUGUGAGUCUGCUGUGACUCUGCUGUUUGAUGCCGUUAUGCACCUGGGAUGUAAGCCGUACUUGGACAGUCAGAGGGACUCCUGUGUGUGUCAGUAUGAAGUGAAGCAGGAGCUUUGAAACUGCGUCAAGAAAAAAGACUGUUAAAGAGACUUAUUUAAAAAAGAAAAAAAAAAUCACUGACAGAUGGAUUCCAGCCAUGAAACUUUGUUUUGUCUCAGGGAUUGUGUCUUUGCACACUACAAUGAAGUUGCUAAAUAAUAUGGAAUUACUUUUUAGAGCAAAAAUAAUAUAUUUCCUAUGCAGUUAACUACAUUUGGUAAUGUAUUCCAUUUCAGUGUUAAAAAAGUGAAUCCUAAAUGUCUCCACUUAGUGCAUUAGCAGAUACACAGCAGGGCAGCUGAAUACACUACUAGGUGCAGGUGCAACAGAAAAAAAGAACACACCUACACUACAUGGAAAAAGAGGCUGGUAAAGACAAUAAUGAAUAACAUUGUUAGAUUUACACUGGGCCGUCUGUAAAUCACAUGUGCAUGGAGGGUAGUGCACUGCUACACUCACUGACAGUCAUAUGACACUGUGGGCUACAAAACCUAACUAUAUUGGAUAUAAACUUACUAUAAUAAAGAAAAAAGCAAAAUGUUCUUGUUAACAAUGGUGUAUAUCAGUAGUCAUCAUCCUCACGCAUCCAAUGUUUGCUAAAGCACAAAAAAUGAUAAAUAAACACCAGCUGAGAUUGAUGGUAAAAACUCAAA